AUAUACCCCACUGUCAGAUAUACUCAGUGUCAGAUAUACCUACUGUCAGAUAUACCCACUGUCAGAUAUACCCAGUGUCGAAUAUACCAGUGUCAAGAUAUCCAGUGUCAGAUAUACCAGUGUCAGAUAUACAGUGUCAGAUUACGCCGGUGUCAGAUAUACCCAGCGUCAGAUAUACGCCAGCGUCAGAUAUACCAGUGUCAGAUAUACCCAGUGUCAGAUAUACCCAGUGUCAGAUAUACCCAGUGUCAGAUAUACCCAGUGUCAGAUAUACAGUGUCAGAUAUACCCAGUGUCAGAUAUACCAGUGUCAGACAUACCCAGUGUCAGAUAUACCCAGUGUCAGAUAUACCCAGUGUCAGAUAUACCCAGUGUCAGAUAUACCCAGUGUCAGCUACCCAGUGUCCUAUACCCAGUGUCAGAUAUACCCACUGUCAGACAUCCCAGUGUCAGUUAUGCCCAGUGUCAGAUAUACCCGCGUCAGAAUAUACCAGUGUCAGCUAUACCCAGUGUCAGAUAUACCCAGUGUCAGAUAUACCCACUGUCAGAUAUACCCACUGUCAGAUAUACCCAGUGUCAGAUAUACCCAAUGGUUGA